GAAACUAGCCAAUUAGAAAUUACCACAUCAGCUUUACAACGUAGACAGAAAAGAAAACAACAAUGACUUAGCAAUGAAGAAUAAUAUUUUGUCGACUUCGACGGCUAAUUGACCACAUUUUCCUUACAAAUGGUUACUACGAAAGACAUUAUGUCAGGGAAUACAACACGAACGAUUGUUAUAACCACAUCUAGUGGAAAUGUUCCAAAAUUGGUGACCGUCAACGCCUCUGCUGUCGAAGACAUUUUCAGUGAUGAUGGGGGAGGGCCACGUAAACGGCGUCGGCUGACCAACCUUACCCCGGAGGAGAAAAUGCUGAGAAGAAAACUAAAAAACAGAGUAGCAGCACAGACAGCAAGAGAUAGAAAGAAAGAAUUGAUGGGUACUCUGGAACAACAAGUUACUAGACUGAUGGAACAAAAUAAACGACUCCAAGAUGAAAACAAAAAACUCAAAACACAAUCAUCAUCAUUAAUUCAAGAAAAUCAACACCUUAAAGAACGCCUGGGCCAUCCUGGUUCAUUGGCCGAGAGAAAGUCUGAGUCCACAGGAUCUGCAGUAUCCUUUGACCUCCUGCCGUGGGGACAAACUCAGACGUUGUCUCGGUCAAUGAUGCCAUACGCCACCUCUGUUCUGACAAUGAGUCUCUGCUUAGCAUUGUUCAGCAGAUCAACUCAAAACCAGAAACAGAUGUUGCCAGUAAAGGAUGUGAAUCUUCAAUCAUCACUGCCCAAGGAAAUACCCCCAAAAUCACUGCCAACUCUGGCUUGGUGGGGCCCACAUCAGCGGAGUUGGAAUCCAUCAAUGAACUCAUAAAAUUUGAUCAUGUUUAUUACAAGCAUGAGUCCUCAUCUGUUGAAACUGGACUUGAAAAACCUACUCAAGCUGUCAAAACGAACUCUCAAACUAAAGUGAAUAUUCAUGUCACACAGGAUAUACCUAAUGACAUUACAAUAGACGAUUCGGUUAAAACUGAACCUGAAUUAUGUGCAAUAGACAUGAUAGAUGAAACUGACCUCAAUGAUAUCAAUUUGGAAUUAUUAAAAGACAUUGAAAAUUUAAUUGGAAUAGAUUUUCAAGACCAGAUUGAACAGGACUCUUUUGAGUCUAUUUCACAGAAUGGACAAUGUGUAAAAAGCAAACAGGAAGUUUUAGUGACAAAAGACACUAGUUCAAAUCGUAAACGCAAGAGAUCAGAAGAUGCGUCACCGCUUUCUGUCACAGAUAUGUAUGAAUCAACAGACAAAUUGGGACAGGAAGCAUCUGUAUUUAAUGAUUCAGAAUUCGGUAGUGAUUUCAGUGAUGUGUGUUCUCCCUAUGGAAGUGACAUUUCUGGUGACUUAAAUGACAAUCCAUGGGAAGAAUCAUUCAUGGAAUUAUUUCCCACCUUAGCAUAAACCAGCCAUUUUGUUUGUUGAUUUGUAUUUAAAUGUAUAUAUUAUUUAUUGUUUAUCAUUGACUUCUCUGUGAAAUAAAUUCAUUGGGAAGAGGACUCAA